CGCCCCCGCGCGUCCAUUCCCUUUUGUGUCCCGCGCGCGGCCCGGCCCCCGCGCACACUCGCGCCCUGCGCCCCGCGGGCCGGCGGGCGGCUCCCGGCGCGGCCCCUGCAGCCCGCGCGCCCGGCUUUGUGUGGACGCGCCGGCCGGGAGCGCGCGGGCGGUCGUGCGCCCCCGUCCCCGUCCCCGGCCCCGGCCCCGGCCCGGCCCCCGCCCGGCCCGGCCCGGCCCGGCCCGACCCGACCCGGGCAGGCAGGCAGGCAGGCAGCGCGGGCCGCGGGCGGGCGGGCGGCGGGCGGGCGGCGCGAACAUGGCGACGGUGCCCGUGUACUGCGUCUGCCGGCUGCCCUACGACGUUACCCGCUUCAUGAUCGAGUGCGACGCCUGCAAGGACUGGUUCCACGGCAGCUGUGUUGGAGUGGAAGAGGAGGAGGCCCCGGACAUUGACAUAUACCACUGUCCAAACUGUGAGAAAACCCAUGGAAAGUCCACCUUGAAAAAGAAGCGGACCUGGCACAAGCACAGCCCUGGGCAGACACCUGAGGUCAAGCCCGUGCAGAAUGGCAGCCAGGUCUUCAUCAAGGAGCUUCGGAGCAGGACCUUCCCCAGUGCGGAGGACGUGGUGGCCCGAGUGCCCGGCAGCCAGCUCACCCUGGGCUACAUGGAGGAGCACGGCUUCACCGAGCCCAUCCUCGUCCCCAAGAAAGACGGACUGGGCCUUGUAGUGCCGGCCCCCACCUUCUACGUCAGUGAUGUAGAGAACUAUGUGGGCCCAGAGCGCAGUGUGGAUGUGACAGAUGUCACCAAGCAGAAGGACUGCAAGAUGAAACUGAAGGAGUUUGUGGACUAUUACUACAGCACCAACCGCAAGAGGGUGCUCAACCUCACCAACCUUGAGUUCUCCGACACCAGAAUGUCCAGCUUUGUGGAACCACCUGAUAUCGUGAAGAAACUGUCCUGGGUGGAGAACUACUGGCCAGAUGAUGCGUUGCUGGCCAAGCCCAAGGUGACCAAGUACUGCCUGAUCUGUGUGAAGGACAGCUACACCGAUUUCCACAUUGACUCUGGCGGCGCCUCCGCCUGGUACCAUGUGCUCAAGGGGGAGAAAAUCUUCUAUCUCAUCAAGCCGGCCUCUGCCAACAUCUCCUUGUACGAGCGCUGGCAGUCCGCCUCCAACCACAGCGAGAUGUUCUUUGCCGACCAGGUUGACAAGUGCUACAGGUGCACCCUCAAGCAGGGCCAGACCCUCUUCAUCCCCUCAGGCUGGAUCUAUGCCACACUCACGCCCGUGGACUGCCUGGCCUUCUCGGGACACUUCCUCCACAGCCUGAGUGUGGAGAUGCAGAUGAGAGCCUAUGAAGUGGAGAGAAGGUUGAAACUGUGCAGCCUGACUCAGUUUCCCAACUUCGAAACUGCCUGCUGGUACAUGGGGAAGCACCUACUAGAGGCCUUCAAAGGAUCUCACAAAUCUGGAAAGCAGCUGCCACCUCAUUUAGUCCAAGGAGCUAAGAUCCUCAAUGGUGUUUUCAGAUCAUGGACGAAAAAGCAGGCUCUGGCGGAACAUGAAGACGAGCUCCCGGAGCACUUCAAGCCCUCACAGCUCAUCAAAGACCUGGCCAGAGAGAUCCGGCUCAGCGAGAAUGCCUCCAAGGCCACCCGACCUGAAGUGACUACGGCCGUGUCCUUGGAUGAGGUUUGCUUCGGAGAUCGUGAGAAAGAGGAGCCCCCGUCCCCUAUUGAGGCCAGCCCUCCAAGGUCUUUCCUGGAGAAAGUGUCCAAAAAAAAGACUCCCAAAAGUGUGAAGAUGCCCAAGCCAUCCAAAGUCCCCAAGCCCCCCAAGCCUCCCAAGCCCCCCAAGCCUCCCAAGUCACUGAAGCUCAAGGAUGGGGGCAAGAAGAAAGGGAAGAAGUGCAGGGGGCCAGCCUCGCCUACCAUCCCCAACCUGGACCUGCUGGAGGCCCACACCAAGGAGGCGCUGACCAAAAUCGAGCCACCCAAGAAGGGAAAGGCCACCAAGAAUGUCCUGAGUGUACCCAACAAGGAGGUGGUGAGUGCACAAAAUGACGUGGAGAGGCUGGAGAUCCGAGAGCAAACGAAGUCUAAGUCAGAGGCCAAGUGGAAGUACAAGAACAGCAAGCCAGACUCUCUGCUUAAGAUGGAGGAGGAGCAGAGGCUGGAGAAGUCUCCUCUCUUGGGGAACAAGGACUCCAAGUUCUCCUUCUCCUUCUCCAACAAGAAACUCCUGGGCGCCAAGGCCCUCAAGCCGCAGCCGAACCCAGGGGUGUUCGGGGCCUUGCAGAACUUGAAGGAGGACAAGCCCCAGCCCGUGCGGGACGAGUAUGAGUAUGUGUCAGAUGACGGGGAGCUCAAGAUUGAUGAGUUUCCCAUCCGGAGGAAGAAGAACGCCCCCAAGAGGGACUUGUCCUUCCUGCUGGAUAAGAAGGAGCCGCUGCUGCUGCCUGCCACCAAGCCAAAGCUGGACUCGGCGCACUACAAGAGUGACGACUCCUCCGACGAGGGCUCGCUCCACAUCGACACGGACACCAAGCCCAGCCGAAACACCAAAGUGAAGAAGGACAGCGGGAGCUCUGCCGCCGGCAUUCUGGACCUGCUGCAGGCCAGCGAGGAGGUGGGCGCCCUGGAGUACACCCCCAACAGCCAGCCUCCGGCCUCCCCCAGCACACAGGAAGCCAUUCAAGGGAUGCUGUCCAUGGCCAACCUGCAGGCCUCUGACUCCUGCCUGCAGAGCACCUGGGGCCCUGGCCAGGCCAAGGGCAGCUCGCUGGGGGCCCACGGUGGCCGCAAGAACGGGGGCGGCAACAAGAGCACGGGCAAGCGGCUGCUGAAGAGGACCGCCAAGAACAGCAUGGGCCUGGACGACUUCGACGAGGACCAGGACCACCUGGACGCCUGCUUCAAGGACUCCGACUACGUGUACCCCUCCCUGGAAUCAGACGAGGACAGCCCUGUCUUCAAGUCUCGGUCCAAGAAGAGGAAAGGCUCAGACGAUGCCCCUUACAGCCCCACAGCGCGGGUGUGCCCAUCGGUGCCCAGGCAGGACAGACCCGUCCGCGAGGGCACUCGGGUGGCCUCCAUCGAGACUGGGCUGGCGGCUGCGGCGGCCAAACUCUCCCAGCAGGAGGAGCAGAAAAGCAGAAAGAAAAAGAACGCCAAAAGGAAGCUGCUGCCUAGCACCGCUUCCCCUUCGGCCUCUGCCAGCACCACCUCUGCCGGCACCACCCCGGCCGGCACCACCCCAGCCUCCGCCACCCCGGCCGGCACCACCCCGGCCUCCGCCACCCCGGCCUCCACCACCCCGGCCUCCACCACCCCGGCCUCCACCAGCACGGCCAGCAGUCAGGCCUCCCAGGAGGGCAGCUCACCUGAGCCCCCGCCCGAGUCUCACAGUAGCAGCCUGGCUGACCACGAGUACACGGCGGCCGGCACCUUCCCCGGGGCCCAGGCGGGCCGCACAGCCCAGCCCAUGGCGCCCGGGGUCUUUCUCACGCAGAGGCGGCCCUCCGCCUCCUCCCCCAACAACACCGCUGCCAAAGGAAAACGUACAAAAAAGGGCAUGGCCACCGCCAAGCAGAGGCUUGGGAAAAUUUUGAAAAUUCAUCGGAACGGAAAACUGCUCCUGUAAAGUGUGGAAAGCCAGGAUCCUUCUGCUCCGCUCAGGACCCCCCGGAGCCCCGCUAAAACAUCACCCCCAGGAGGGUGGCCAUGCUGCCUCACCCCAGGGAGGGCCUGGCCUCCUUCUGGCCACCCCACUCACAAGUGUCUGCUGCCUCAGCCAGCGGGGCUCGCCUGUACGGACGUCCUUUCUCAAGUUGCUUAGAGUGACCCGUUCCCCAGAAGCGGCCCUGUCAGUUUGAGGACCAAUCCAGUUUCAACACAGCCUCCAGGCACCACGAGUGUGGGUGUGAGUGUGGGGCCUCCGCAGCUCUGCUGGGGGCAGGAGUCCUUCGAGGAAGGAGUGAGCGAAUGCUCACCAGGCCCGGAGUCUGAGCUGGCCACAGGCUGGUGGCUUCCAGAGGCUUAAAAAAAGGCAAAGGACACUAGAGAGGGAGAGCUGGAGAAAGCAGGGUGUUGAUGUGCCCCCUCCCCGCCCCCAUCUCUUCCCAAGUGAUUCUCAGACAAGUCCAGAGAGUGUUCAGUCCGGCCAGGAGAAUGGCCUUCAUGCUCCUGGCCAGCAGGUGGCGGGGCAGGCCAGUGGGUGUCAGGUGCUCCAGAUGCCCUGGGCACUUCCAGGGGCCGACAGCAGGGUCAGUGUGAAAAUGGGCAGGGGGACCUCAGUGGGGUCCCCAGAGAAAGGCUAAGGCCCAGCCAUGACAUGGGGCCCUGGGGGCCUAGGCUGAGCCAUGUGGGUGGGUCCUGUCCACCUGCACUCCCGAGAGGUUCUUCUCACAGGCACCUGCCCCGGGCCCAGCGGGCAGCCCGUCCAGCACACGGGCCAGGCCCUCUCUCCUCACCCACUGGCGCUUGGUGUCAAGUGCGCGGUGGAUCCUGGACUGUGUCCGCCCAUCGACACGGAGGGGCUGGAAUUGUUUCUCAGGCAAUCCUGUAUUUUAAUUUUAGACGUAUUUCCUGAAGCAUAUUUUUCAUAGAAUGUAGCGUGUAAAUAGCUUUUUAAAUGACUUCUUUUUUAUAAGAGUAAGAGUAUCUUUAGGAAUUUCUUUCUAUAGAGUUCUUCAUUAACAUUUAUACAAGUUUGUUGCCAAGUAUGGCGAACAGUUGCUUUUCUUUUUCCAUUCCCCUUCUUUCUUUUUUCUUUCUUUUUUUUUUCAUUAUGGUUAUUGUUAUCAUUUGUUCUUUUAGUAACCGAGGUAUUGCCUGAAAAACAAGUGAUGUCUGUGCAGCCUUAUGUCUGUCUUUACAGAAGCAAACAGUACAAAAAGAUCUCUCUGAGACACGUUUCAAAGACGAGUCUUCAACUUGAAUACCAGCUAUUGUUUCCUUCCUGUACGACGAGGGGUCGGGGACACAGUUAUUUUACUAGCACCUUGUGAAGUGUUUCUGUGUUUUGUGAUGCUGUAAUUUAUUAAUGUUUGUAGCUUUUUAUAUUUGUACAUUUCUUAUAAGCUUUGUUUAUAUACCCAUCCCUGGGUGUUCUGUCCAUGAGGGGACGCAGCUUCUCGCAGCCUUACCUGUCCGCCCACCCUUUUGGGGCAGGGGAGGCAUGGCCCCUGGGCCCAAGGCUGGGUGAGGGGGCCAGGCCUCCUGGCCCAAUGAUUCCAACCCGGCAUCGGGAAGGGUUCCUUUCCUCGUCCUUGUUGAACAUUUAUACAAUCUAACCCGGGCAUCAAGCUGUUCUCUCUCUCUCUCUCUCUCUCUCUCUUUUAUUUUUUUUAAUUUUAUUAUUAUUAUUUUGGCAACAUGUACAUUUCUAACAAAGUUUAUCGUGGCUAUUAAAAUGUUUUAUUUCCUGAUUCAUAUUACUCUUGUAUUGAGUCCAUGAGGUCUAAGGCAACUUAGAUCAAAGUUUUAAAAGAGUAAAAAUAUUUCAGGUUUUGUACAGA